UUAUUUUAGCUGUGAACAAUAAAAUUAAGAAAAGGGCUUUUUUAAUUUAUUUUACAAAAAAAAAAAAACAAUAAAAGACAGUACAAUCACUGGAUUGAACAUCUUUCUUGCAAAAUGGAAAUGAAGAACAUAUAUGUUCUACUUGGAUUUCUCACUUUGGUCUCUUGCCCAACAAUUUACUUUGAAUGCGGCUGUUUCAUUUCUGAGUCGAUAAAUGGGUUCCCUAAGGCAAAUUGCAAGAGUUCCGACAUAGAUAUCAAGUGUUUAUCUCACCAGGAGCUUGAAACUUUGGGUUUGUCUGGCAACAGACUUAAUGAGACAAUCCUCUCAAAGCUAAACUCAACCGAGUUCGAGAAGCUUGAGCACCUGGACCUGUCGAACAACAUGAUCACGCGCCUGUCCAGUUUCAAAUUCAAUACAAUGCCUCGUCUGCAGAGUGUGAACCUAAGCCACAACCUUCUCACGGAAAUGCCUGAUGACCCAUGCCGUAUACCCUUUAUAGAUGUCAGUCACAACAAUCUGACCGAUAUGCACAGCUUGGUUGUCCUUUUCAGGACCAAUGCGAUCACCAAGGGAAAUCCGUUUCUGUGCAACUGCUCUUCGCCUACCGUAAAAAGACUAUACACCACGGCGAGUCACUCGAAAUUGAAGAAUAUCGAGUGCAUUUUGCAUGACUCGGAUCAGCCAAAACCUUUGUCGACGCAGUGCCACAAGGAAAUCGAGCAAAAUCAGACCUCUCUACUUGAAUCUAUAAUCCUGUAUUGCAUUCAGUAUUUUAACAGUAUUACACUUUUUUUUCUUAUCAUGUUCGUCAUCGGCGUCGUACUUUUGUGUAAAAAAAUUAAAUGAAUUCUGUUCCAUUCAUUUAAUUUUAUUUUAAUUUAAUUGAACGAAUAUUUCUGACUUUAUGCAUACCUCAUUAAAAUAUCUUAGCCAUCUUCAUCAGGGUGAGACUAACUGAGGGGCUUUGUUGUCUUAAAAUUAAUUUAAUUUUCUUUGUAAAAAAACAGUAUCAAAAUCAUGUUCGAUUGUAUUUUUUGAAAAGUAUUCGAUUUAUUUCAAAGCUCUUAAAAUAAAUUAUUAAAAAACGU